AUGAAUAGUCGGGAGAAAAACAGGUCCUUCGUUCUUCGAGCCGUCCAAGAUGUCGUCCUUGAGGAUCGCGAAAUUCCGGCUUUGAAGGAUCCUUGGGAUGUCCGUGUUCACGUUGCACAGACGGGUAUUUGUGGGAGCGACGUCCACUACUGGCAACGAGGACGCAUCGGAGAUUUCAUUCUCAAAUCACCUAUUGUCCUCGGUCACGAGAGCUCUGGUACAGUUGUCGAAGUUGGAUCUGCUGUGAAAAACCUCAAGGUCGGCGACCGAGUAGCAAUUGAACCCGGUGUGCCAUGCAGACACUGCAAUUACUGUCGGAGUGGAUCUUAUAAUCUGUGUCCGGAUACCGUAUUCGCUGCCACACCACCGCAUGACGGCACGCUCUCUAAGUACUACAUUACUCAAGCAGACUAUUGCUAUCCUCUCCCAGAGCAUAUGAACUUGGAAGAAGGAGCUUUGGUAGAGCCUGUCGCAGUUGCUGUCCAGAUCACGAAAGUUGGCAAUGUACGCCCAAAUCAGACAGUUGUGGUUUUUGGAUGUGGACCUAUAGGGCUGCUUUGUCAAGCUGUGAGCAAGGCAUACUCCGCGAAGAAGGUUAUUGGUGUGGAUAUAAGCCGGUCCCGGGCGGAUUUUGCACGCACAUUCGGCGCAGACGACAUAUUUGUUCCUCCUGUCAGACCUACCGAUACCGAUGAGACAGCUUGGAGUGAAGAGGUUGCCCGCAUCAUCAAGGAGAGGUUUUGUCUGGGUGAAGGUCCUGACGUGGUGCUGGAGGCGACUGGAGCACAGGCCUGUAUUCAAACGGGAAUACAUUUGACAAAGAAGGGUGGAACUUAUGUUCAAGCUGGUAUGGGUCGUGAGGUAAGUCUUAAGCAAUUUUCUGCAAUGGAAGUAAGGAAUUGA